AUGAAUGUUAUUUGGAACCAAUUUAUGUACGAAAUAUGCGAAAGGGUCUCCAAAUACUCCGAUUCAUCAAGAUUUGACGAUAUUAAUAGUUUUGAUAAGGUCGAUAAAUUCACGCCAACCGAUAUAUCACUAAUCUUCUCUUCAUUUUCUCAUGUGAGAAGAAAUAAUAAACAGUUUUACGAUUUUCUAUUACAGUCAGUUCUUCGAGAUGUUGCAAAAUAUACAGUACGAGAUAUCGCAGUUCUGUACAAUAGUCUGGCGAAACUUAGCACUUUUAACGAGUUUGUGUUUGAUAGCCUAAACAAAGAUGUAGCACUUCUUUUGAAUAGCUUAUUGGAUCUUAGAAUUUGUAACCUGAAGGAGAUAUUUGUCAAAUGUUCCCUGAUUCUGUCGAGCAGAAUUAAGUACAUCGAAAACCCUCACACAUUAACACUUUUACUUUAUUCAUAUUCCAGAUUAAUAAUUCUAAAGGAUAAAGAUAAACUCAACAAGCCGAAAAACUUAAGCUCACCUUUAGAACCCAAGCUAACUCCCAUAAUAGCAAAUGAUUAUGAACACAUUAUACUAUCAGAUGUUAUCAUUACACUCCUAUCAAAAUGCUCUGAUGUGCUUUUGACAAUGAACCCUACUGACUUGUUAUACUUAUAUCGCUCUUAUCUAAACUUGUUAUUCAAUUCUACAUAUGUUGAUGAAACCAAUGAAACCACCACCGAAACCAUUUCUUCAAACGAACUGAAUGUAGAUGGGAGAAUAUAUAAUAAUAUCCUCAAGUUUUACAAGCUGAACAACCAAAUAUUACAAAAUAAGUUGGCCUUUCAAACACGCGAAUUGAUCAUCCUAUAUCAUCUUUUACAAAACACAACCAAAAGGAUGAUUGAUGACAACGACCUAAUCACUUUCGCAACUCAGGAAGAGAUGAAAAAUUUAAAGAAUGUAAUUAAGGAAGAAUUAAUAUACAGAAUAAAACAAAUGUCAGUUAUCGACUCUAUGAAUUUUAUAAAUCUUUUGGAUCACUCAGAUGAUAGUCUAGAAUUGGUGUUUAGGAGACUAUGCGACAAGUUAAGCAGAGAACACCAGUGGGAGACAUACACACUCUCACAAUUGUUAAUGGUUCUGGAAAAGAUAAAGGCGAGGAAUUGUAUAAGUGAGGAUUCUAGGAAUCUGGUUGCGGUUUUAAUUUCUAAAACCCCUAGAAUUUUGAAACUCAGUGACCUUGCACUAAUCUCAGAGGUUUCAACCCUUUUCGGCAUAAAAUCUACUGCUUUGGAAAGAAGACUGUCAACAAUAGAGUGCAGAUGUGAAAAUCUAACCGAGAACCAGAUUUAUACUUUCUUCCAUACAUUUGUAUCAUUAGGAUUUCUACAGUUUUUAGAUCCCAUACUUGAACACCUCUAUCACGUCAGGGAUCCAAAUGCCUCAGCUGACUUACUUUUGGAUGUUUCAAUACUAAAAUUUUUAUCGCUAAAGAAUAUAAAUGAAGAUAUAAUAGAACAUUUAGAAAACAACUUAAAGAACGUUGACCUAUCUUACAUAAAGUUGUUACUAACUGGCUUAACCACUCAAAGCAUUGAUAUUUUUGGAACACAUGAAUUAAAUUACAUCAGUAACCUAAAGAGAAUUAGUUUUAAUGACAUAUACAGGGAAUUUUCUGAUGAUUUUGAGGAAUUUGUGGCAAAACACGACCCAAAUGUUAGAUUAGGCAAAAAUAUCGUAGUCAAUAAUAUAAACCUACCAAUGGCGGUUGAAAUAAAUAACAAACAAAUUGCAAUAGUAUUACUAUUUGACGACUUUUAUAGAACAAAUAAAAAAAUGCUAAAACUACACAAAUACGUACAACUCAGGCUGUUGAAGCAUUUGGGAGUAGGUUACAUGUGCUUUGAUCUAAUAGACUAUUACACAAAUGAAAACAAACCAAAUCUUUUGGCGAAUUUGCUCAAAAAUUUGUAUAAUGAAGCAAGUGGUGUGGAAAAGGUAAAGGAGCACUCACAGCCAGAUUCCAACGAUAAAGUUGGUGUUAACGUUAUCAUAAAGGAAAGAAAUUUAAAGAAAAUGAACAACUUCAGCAGAUUUAAAUUAAUGGUAGCAAAUUGUUAA